AUGCCCAAAAUAGUCAUCAUCUCCUCCGAUGAAGAAAGAUUCCCCGUUGAUAUCGAGGCUGCCAACAAGUCGGUUUUGAUUAAGAACAUGAUUGCUGACUUGAAGCCGGACUUGGACGAGGGUGAUGGCGAUGACGAGGACUUUGAAAUUCCCACGCCAAAUGUCCGGGCCAAUGUGCUUAGCAAAGUUUUGGAGUGGUGCGAGCACCAUAAAAAUACUGUUUUUCCAGACGACGAUGACGAAGAUGCCAGAAAGUCUGCCCCUGUCCACUCUUGGGACAGGAACUUCUUGAAGGUGGACCAGGAGAUGUUGUAUGAGAUAAUCUUGGCCGCCAACUACUUGAACAUACGGCCGCUCUUGGAUGCGGGAUGCAAGAUUAUUGCCGAGAUGAUCAAGCACAAGUCACCUGAGGAGUUGAGGAAGACUUUCAACAUCGUCAACGACUUCAGCCCUGAGGAAGAGGCCGCGAUUCGUAAGGAGAACGAGUGGGCUGAGGACAGAUAA